AUGACUAUGAGACCAGAUGAUCAUCGCAGGAAAUGGGACAAAGAUGAAUUUGAAAGAAUUGCUGCGGAACGUUUAAAAGCAGAAUUAGAAGAAGAAGACGAACGCUUAAAAAAGAAAGCACCACCAGUAAAGAGGGAACUUUUGAAACAACGUGACUAUAAGGUUGAUUUAGAUUCUAAAUUAGGCAAAAGUGUCGUUAUCACCAAAAAUACACCAACUUCUCAAUCCGGUGGUUAUUACUGCAAUGUAUGUGAUUGUGUUGUCAAAGAUUCAAUAAAUUUCUUAGAUCAUAUCAAUGGCAAAAAACAUCAAAGAAAUCUCGGCAUGUCCAUGAAGAUAGAGAGGAGCACAUUGGAUCAAGUUAAAGCUCGAUUCUCAUUGAAUAAACGAAAAUUGGAAGAGAAGAAACGGGAGUAUGAAUUAGAUACGCGAUUAAGGGAAGCCGCAGAAGAGGAAGCAAGGUUAAAGGAACUACGUCGAGAAAGACGUCGUGAUAAGAAACGCAAAUUACAAGAAACAGAUGAACCUGAUGAUACUCCAGCACAAUCAGAACUUGCCCAAAUUAUGGGAUUUUCAGGCUUUGGAGGAUCAAAGAAGUGA